CGAAUCGGUUAUCCGGCAUUUGGCAUCCGGCAGCAGGUGUGAGGUGUUUUCUCGUGGUGUUUAGUGUUGUUUCGCGCUGUUUUCAGUUGUUUUGAGCCGAGAACUCUCCGCUCAGCGGCGACUGCGAAUGCAAAUGCAAAGUGCAUGUGCAGCCAUCAGCUAUUAUUUUGUUUUGGUUUUUGAUUUUGAAUUUGAAUUUGAAUUUGGCUUUUGAGGCUGCGCGACUCGCGAGUUCUGUGCUGCGUUUUCAAUAAACGCGUUUGCUUUUGGCCUUUUCUGCUGCGUGGGCGCCAAUUUCAUGUGGCUGUGUGUCGCGUGUGUGCAUUAGCUAAUGUGUUUGUAUUGCUAAUUAAAACGGCAGCAAGAGCAACCGCAAAGUGGCAGCAAGCGGCAAAAAACCAGCAAGCAGCAAGAAACCCUGAAUAAAAGCGAAACAAAGUGCAUUCGAUAAGUACGAUAAACGAAAUCCAUUCCCGAUCCAAACCCGAUUUGCGCACCCAAUUGGAUCGACAGACAGCAGGUGUUUUUCCCCACCGCAUUUCCCAUGAUUCAGAACACGAGCAGCGUUCGGCAUGACGUGAACUGCUUAUAUAUUCCAUGCGAGCACCUCAACCUUUGCAACUAGCCGCCCCAAUCGAUCGUCUCACUUCGAUUCGAUCCGAUUGCUGUCCCCCCGAAAAUAAAGCGUCCACUUUGGGGACGUGAUCCGUUUCAAGAAGAGAACCCCCCGAAAAAAGUAGAAACUAAACACCCCAAGCCACCACGAUGGACUCACGCAUCGGCCUGGACUACAUUGUCGAGAAUCGUGACUACAUUGCCAAGCUGGGCGCUGCCCUGGACACCCAGAAUGCCACCGUCAAGAAGCAGGUCUUCGAGCUCCUCUCCGCGCUGUGCGCCUACAGCCCCGAUGGAUAUGCACGUGCCAUCGAGACCCUAGAAUUUUACAAGAAUCUCAAGAAGCAGCGAUACCGCUUCAAGAUUGUCAUCAACGAACUGGAGCUGUCGAGUGCCGCUGCCCACCCGCCCCUGGACUACCAGGCCGCUCUGCUGGCCUUCAUCAACUGCGUCAUCAUCUCGGCGGCCACUCUACAGGAGCGGAUUCGCAUUCGCAACGAAUUUAUAGGUCUCAAAGUUUUGCCGCUGCUCAAUAACCUAAGAAAAGUCGCACAAAGUGUGGGCGAUAUCAUUGUACAAUUGGACGUAUUCGUGGAGCAGCAGGAAUGCGACGAGGCCCAGAGCCUUCAGGCGCCCGAUGGCAUCAAUCUCAACUCGCACCUUGAUGUCUUCUACGCGAUUUUGCGACAGGUGGCUGAUACGCCGCAGGAAGUGCCAUUCCUCAACAUACUGCAGCACCUGCUGCGCAUCGAUCCCAAGGAGCCGCUCAGCGAUAUCAUCUGGGACACCACUGAGCGUCUGGUCCACCGCGCCACGCUCCUCGAGAGUCACGAGGAUUCGGUGCGCCUGCUGCGCACGCCCAGUAACCAGAAGUUCGCCUGCCAGAGUUGUCGCGGCAGCGAUGCCAGCAGCCCCACCCGCAAGCCCUCUCAGCCGGUGGGCGUGUCGGCCAAGACGACGCCUCCGCCACCCCCACCACCCAUGGCACCCGCAGCACCACCGCCCCCGCCACCGCCGAUAAAUGGGGCAGCACCGCCACCACCGCCACCGCCCAUGAUCAAUGGAGGAGCCCUGCCCCCGCCGCCACCUCCGCCCUCGAUGCAAAUGGCCUCACGGCCCAGGACACCAGAUCCCUUGGCAGCGGAGGCGGUGGCCACUGCCAUACUGCUGCCGCAACAGGACACACCCGCUCCCAAGGCCAAGAUGAAGACCAUUAACUGGGGCAAGAUACCGCACAACAAGGUCCUGGGCAAGCAGAAUAUCUGGAGCAUUGUGGCCAGCAAUCACCAGGACAGCCCGAUGCAGGACAUCGACUGGAACGAGAUGGAGGGACUCUUCUGCCUGCAAACAGCCAGUGCGCAGGGAUCACCAAAGUUGGGACGGGAUGGCAGUCAGGCCUCCGCCGGAUCCAAUGGCUGCGAUACACUCGACCGAAAGUCUAAGAAGGAGAGCACAGAGAUCACCCUGCUUGACGGCAAGCGAAGUCUGAAUGUGAAUAUCUUCUUGAAGCAAUUCCGCACCAGCAACGACGACAUCAUCCAGUUGAUCCGGCAGGGAGCCCACGAGGAGAUCGGAGCGGAGAGAUUGAGGGGUCUGCUGAAGAUAAUGCCCGAGGUGGAUGAGCUGGACAUGCUAAAGGGAUUCAACGGGGAUAAGGCACGCCUGGGCAAUGCUGAGAAGUUCCUGCUGCAGCUGCUGGAGGUGCCCAACUACAAAUUGCGGAUUGAGAGCAUGUUGCUCAAGGAGGAGUUUGCGGCGAAUGUGGCCUAUCUGGAGCCCUGUAUCAACUCGAUGCUCUAUGCUGGCGACGAUCUACUGAAUAACAAGACUCUUCAGGAGGUCCUUUACAUGGUCGUUGUGGCUGGAAAUUUCCUUAACUCCGGCGGUUAUGCAGGAAAUGCGGCGGGCGUGAAGCUAUCAUCGCUGCAAAAGCUAACGGAUAUCCGGGCGAAUAAGCCGGGCAUGAACCUCAUCCACUUUGUGGCUCUUCAGGCGGAGAAACGUAAUCCCGAACUGCUUCAAUUCACAGGACAACUGAGCAACCUGGAAAGUGCCAGCAAAACAACAUCAGAGCAGAUCAACAAUGAAAUCAACACACUGGACGGCAGGAUCAGAAAAAUAGCGAGGCAGAUCGAACAACCUGCCACGGAUGUGGACAUCAAGGAGCAAAUGGCCGACUUUUUGCAGGCCGCCGAAUCCGAGCUAUCCGUCCUCCAAGCUGGCAUGAAACAGGUGGAGUCUAUGCGGCUCAAAAUGUCCGAGUUCUUCUGCGACGACGCGGCCACCUUCCGGCUGGAGGAGUGCUUCAAGAUCUUCCACAAUUUCUGUGAUAAAUUCAAGCAGGCGGUCAAGGAGAACGAGCGCCGUCAGCAGCAGGAGCAGCAGGCCACGCUCAGGAGGAAGCAGCGCGAGGAGCAGCUGGCCCGCAGAGCCAGGCAGAUUGGUCAGGCUGGAACACCAGUUUCCGACUCGGAGCAUUCCUUUUUGGGCGAUGCUCUCUUCGAUCCUAGGGCUAGUCCGGCGCUGAGUCGCCGCCACCUGGGAUCCGGAGAGCUCAGCAAUGGUUUCAUCCGCCUGGAGCAAGACGGCGCCUCUCCUGACAUCACACCCAACGGAAGUCUGAGGCGCCGGCGUAGUCGAGUUCUUGCCGAGGAGGAUGACCUGAUGGAGUUCCUUCGGAGUUCGACGGGUCCUCACCACGAUGGACACAAUAGCAGGGAGCGGAAGGCGGCCUACGGCAGCUUGGAUCGCUCGUGGGCUCGUCGUGCUCGCUCCGGAAGUUCCAGUCGCAAACGACCCGAUUUGCUCAACAUUGACUUUGGCCUGGAUCGUGAACGAGCCAGCUCCCCGGCUCCUCUUCAUCAGCAGCAGCAGCAAAAUGUCCAGGAGCGACUGCAAUCUCCAUUGGCCAGUGCAGCUGGAACGCCCACAACGGCAGCGAAUACGCCCACGGGCAGUGGAUCGGCGAUUGCUCAGACGCAGUCUAAUAACGAGGAUGCGAAACCAAGAAUAUCCCGUGAGUGGCGCCAGAAGAUCGAGACGUGGCUUCAAUCCAACGAGAGCGAUGAGAAGCAGAACGAGGAGUACAGGCGGAAGCGUCGUCUGGUCAACGCCAAUAGGCGAUCGCUCGAAAACGAAACUGAAAACGAACGAAAACUGGACCCCUUGCCGGAGGAGAAGAUCCUGCCCUCGACGACGACAGCUACGCCAACGAAUACGCCUACGACCACGAAUCCCACUAACUCCACUAAUAGAAUGGAUCAGGAGUCCGGCAAAUACCAGCGCGUCUACGCCGACUGGAAGCCAUCAAGGACGCUGGAGCAGACGGACGUGGUGGCCAAUCUGCAGGCCAUUGCCGAUGCCCAGCCGCACGAUGCACUGCGUCAAUAUCGCCGACAGCGAUCGCAGGAACAGUCGAGUCCCAUAGCACUGCAAUCGAUAGCUGAGGAAGAUCGCCGAAAGUCCCUUAUCCAGAAACAAAGUGAAAGGGACAAGAGCAACGAGCGGUUGCAAAUCUACAUCAGGCGAUCCUCCAGCCGGGAACUGCAGCCCGCGAAACCGGAGGAGCAUCCACUGCCACCCAAGUCACCAAAGCCACAAGUGUCCGACGACACCUUUGCCAGCCUGCUCAGUCACCACAAGACCCAAAACGAGAUGCAGGGUUCAUCCAAGGACGUGGAUGCGGAUAAUAUAGAGACGCCACCAGUGAGCCGACGGGUCAUAGCCACGCCCACCACCACAGUGGUCACGGUGAGCAUGACGGACAAACCAAAGGCUGCGACGGAGGAGAAGAUCAAUCCAGCGGAACAGGAUGCACCGGGUCACUUCGAUCGCCAUGCCCUGGCUCGCCGCACACGACGCUACAAGAGACCCACGGACUACAGCAGUGGCAAUGAGGAGGCCCUGAUUACCAGCUCAGCAGAGGCAAAGACUUCUCCAUCGAAGCCAGAGCCACCCGCACCCGAGAAGUCCAAGCAGAAGGAGCGCACAAUCAACAAACUGGAGAAGGUGGGUCGCCACAUAAGCUCCAUCAAUCAGGAGGAUGUAAGGGAGGCCAUUCGGAAUCUUAAAUCGCCCACGGGAACUCCAGAACGACCUUGGAGUCCGCCGCGGGAGAUCACGCCCUCCAAGCUAAAACUGUCCGCCAGUGGUCACCACGAACUGAAUGACGAAGGCUUCGAGGAGACUCAAAGUCUUGUGUCAGACACUCCGUCUCACGGAAAGGGCGAGAGCACCAACUCCUCCUGCAACGAGGGUGUAAACGAGACUCCUGCCCGCCACCGGCCGAUGCAGAAGCAAAAGCCCACAACCACCAGCAUCACCCAGAUGGGCAGUAGGUUGGCCGAUCGCCUGCAGCAAGCCAGGAUGAAGAGUUCCGGACCCUCAGGAUCGACAGCCAGCAAGUCACAAAACCAAAUCCCUGCCACCCAAACUGCAACGGUCAAGAGGAGCCUCUCCGCCAGCAGACCGCUGCGCAUGCCCAACGGUCAGCCGUUGGCCAGUGCAGCUCCGCUGAGAUCCGCAUCCGCUGUGAGACGCUCUCCACAGGAGCAACAGGUUCUUGCCGGCGUGGAGCGGAGCAGUUCGAGAAACAGCCUGCGCUCCUCGCGAUCGUCCAUCAACAGUGGAGCCUCCACCCAAACUGUAGUGAGGCGACUGCCCGCCGUCCAGCGAGCGGGAGCCACUGUGUCCGUUGACUCCUCGCCCAGCAAAAGACCACUGGCCGCGCAGAAUCUGCGACCUAGCCAGGUACGUGGAGUACCCGCCAGCAGGAGUAGUAGUAGCGGCUCGAGUGUGGGACCCAGUGUGAUCCUGGUGCGCAGCAAGAUGUCCAACACCGCUCCGAAAUCGAGUAUCCAUGGUAGCACCAGUUUUAAGGAAAACCAGUCCCAGUCCCAACCCCAGUCACAGUCCCGAAUGAGCGCCGCUCGCAGCGUGGUGCUGGUGAAGAAUGCCCUGAACCAGCAGCAGCAGGCCAGGAUGAGUGCGAACCCCAGUCCGCAGCAGAGGAGCACCAGCAGCAGUAGAUCCGUGAGCAGCUUCAUGCGACCCACGGCCAGCAGUGCCACCAAGCGACAGAAGUGAGGGCACGCGGUCCAGUCCGGAUCAGUCAUCGUCCAAGUUAACGUCCCAAGUUUACACAUGUUACAAACGCGAAUGCAUCCAACUCCAAGCCGUCCAAGCGACAAUUUCGAAUUUCUAAGCAGGAUCUGAAACACAAAUCAGCACAUACAUAGUUGUUACAGUUGCAAUAUUUUGAGAAGUUAUACAAAUCUUAAGAAUUCCCUGCACAUUCCAAGUCAAGGUCCGCAAAUCCUUAAUACAAAAGACAACAACUUUCCAACUCUUAUAUAUAUUUGAAUAUAUUUGAGCACAAAAAACAGGCAUGACAAAAAUACUAGCAUGUACUACUCAACUAAAACUUAGGAUAAGAAAAAAAAAAAAAAAAUGUUAAAAUCGUAUUUUCAAUAUUUAACAUAUAUAGUUAUAGGCAUUAUUCGAUUAUACGAUCACAUUAGGAGACUUUUUUAUAUAGAAGUGCGUUGUUUACAAAGUGUGUAGUUGAAGAAACCAAAACGACAAUUACAAAUCUUUAAAUAAAAGAACAUAAGCUUUAAUCGUAAUAA